AUGCAAAUGAGUACCAACCUCAACAAAUCAAUUCACGAUGGAGACAAUCCGGACAUCACGGAAGAGCGCAAAACGGCGACUUUCGACACGGACGCCAUGGCGGCGGUGAUUUAUGGAAGCGAAAAGGUACGAAGGUUCAGAAGAAGUGAUCUUCUCGGCAAACUUUAAGCAAAUUUCUAAUCGAAAAUAUAGAUUAUUGAACUGCAACAAUUCUGUCAGCAACAUUGCCGAGUUCUUUCAUAGCCACGGUCUCCCAGGGCGCUCGUAAAUUGCGGAGUGUCGUUGUAACUUUUUUGAAAAUUUGCAGGUCUAAAAAUGCAUUUCAAUUCGAGUUUACGACCUUUAUUUCUUUCUUUUUGACUUGAAAAACGUCUAGAAAACAAUACUUUACUGAUUGGAAACCGUUCUUUACAGAAUUUAAAGUUUUUCAUGUUUUUCGCAUUUCGUCAAAACUUCAAACCUUUAUAUUUCAGCUCAUUUUGCAUUUCAUGAGCGCAACAAACGAUAAAAAUGUUCGCUGAAUCUUUCUUCACAAAAUUCAGGUUCCGGCGGUUAGUUUUCUUGAGCAGUUUUCGAAAACUAUUCGAAAAACAUCAAAAUCCAGGCCAAAACCUUCAAAUCGAAAUAACUCGGCUAAUUCUCAACGAUACGUUAGAUUUCUGUUACCAAAACGCAGCUAGUGCUCUAAUUAUUCGACGCCAGGUUCCAGGAGUACAAAAAAUAGGUGUAUUGUACAGAAAACAUGGAAAGAACGCGAACUCCCGUUGAAAAUUAAUUAAACGGCCGCCGCCGCGUAAAUCGACACAGCCCGCCUGUUGCAAGUGCGCCCCAUUGAAUCAUCAUUCGCGCCGUGGGAGACCGUGCAUACCAAUUUUCAGCUGGCCGUUCGCCGUCGUGAAAUCUCGGCGGCGACUGCUCGAAUCGCCGAACUCGCCGACAUCAAACCGCUUCCAUUUCUGACGCGUCCCGAGAAAAUCACCGAAGGAGCUCGGAAGCUUGCGGCUCUCGACAGACACCUUUCGCGUCUCAUUGAUCCUUCGAAUGAGGGCGAGGUUUUGCACGUCUUCAAGUGAGUCUCCAACACGCUACACAUCUAGGACCAUAUUCAUCAUUUGUUUUCAGCGAGGUCAUCGGAAUGGAGGGUCAUCCGUUGGCUCUUCAGGACUCGAUGUUCAUUCCCUCGCUAGUCGCGCAGGCUUCCGACGAGCAACAGUGUCUGUGGCUGGCGCGAGCUCGACGCAGAGAAAUUGUGGGAUGCUACGCACAAACCGAACUGGGACACGGCACAAACUUGCGGAAACUCGAGACGACUGCCACGUAUGACACGGCGACGCAAGAGUUUGUGCUCCACACUCCGCAGAUCACGGCCCUCAAGUGGUGGCCGGGAAGCCUGGGCAAAAGUAGUAAUCAUGCGAUCGUCGUCGCGCAAAUGAUCAUCAAGGAGAAGAACUACGGACCACAUCCGUUUUUUGUGCAAUUGAGAGAGGAGGCGACGCAUUUGCCGUUGAAAGGCAUCACGAUCGGCGACAUCGGACCAAAGAUGGCAUUCAACGCCGCCGACAACGGCUUCUUGGGUUUCGACCGCUUCCGCAUUCCGCGCACGAAUCUUCUGAUGCGGCACUCGCGCGUCGAGCCCGAUGGCACUUAUGUGAAGCCGCCGCACGCGAAGAUCAACUACUCGGCGAUGGUGCGAGUGAGAAGCCACAUGGCAACCGGACAAGGCACUUUUCUGGCGUUGGCGCUGACCAUUGCGACCCGGUACUCGGCGGUUAGACGACAAGGAUUUCUGGACGACAAGGAUCGAGAGGUGAAAGUGCUCGACUAUCAAACGCAACAACAUCGGCUGUUUCCGUCGAUCGCAAAAGCCUACGCCUUCUAUUUCACUGGUUUCGAGACGAUUCGACUCUACAACCAACUUCUGAAGGACGUCGAUAAGGGAAACGUUUCGCAAAUGGCCGAUCUGCACGCCCUAACGUCGGGCCUCAAAUCGGUGGUGACGUGGCAGACGGGCGAGGGCAUCGAACAGGCGAGAAUGGCGUGCGGAGGGCACGGCUACUCGCAGGCCAGCUACCUCUCCGAAAUUUACGGCGUCGCCAUCGGCGGAUGCACCUACGAGGGCGAGAAUAUGGUGAUGCUCCUCCAGCUCGCCAGAUAUCUCGUCAAAUCGGUCGAGACGAUCAAGGCGGGAAACGCAAAGAGUCUAGGACCGCUGGUGGCUUAUUUGGCGGACAAGGAGAAUCAGAAAGUGCAGCUGGAAAGAUCAGAGAGAUCUUUGGAUGGUUAUGUGAAAAUAUUCGAGUAUGUAUCGAGACGCCAGACUUGGAAAGCUGCGGAAAAGUUUCUUGGAUUCAUGGCCCAAGGUGCGACGAGAGAAGUCGCAUGGAACCAGGCGUCUGUAGAGUUGACAAGAGUAAGUAACCUGAAACGCUUACGCCCACACAGAACAAUUCGUCUCUUUCAGGCCUCGCGACUCCACACGCGUCUGUUCAUCGUCGAGGCGUUCAUGCGUCGAGUGCAUGAAGUGGCGGAGCCGCGACUGAAGGAAGUGCUCACCGAUCUGCUCCGUUUGCACGUCAACUACGAACUUCUCGAUGUGGCCACCUACGCGCUCGAGGACGGAUUUUUGUCGGCGUCGCAGUUGGAUUACGUGCGCGAGCAGUUGUACUUCUACCUCGCCAAGAUCCGUCCGAACGCCGUUUCGCUGGUCGACGCGUUCCAGUUUAGUGACAUGCAGUUGAGAUCGGUAAGUCUGGCGCCUGGUACGCAAACACCAAGCUGCAGUAAGCCCUACCGUACUCCUUUGCAGGUGCUCGGUCGUCGUGACGGUCACGUCUACAAGAACCUCUUCGAAUGGGCGAAAUCGAGUCCGCUCAACGAGACGGACGUUCUUCCGUCCGUCGAAAAGUACCUGAAGCCAAUGAUGCACAGUAAACUUUGA